AUGUCGUCCACCUCAACUUGCCUCCAGCUCGAACAAGUGCAGAAGAACCCGACUACUUUCCACCACAAUUUGUUCUCCGAGUCCAUUUCAGAUUAUUCCAACGAGUCAAGAUCUGAAUCUGAACCCGCGUCGCCGCGAUCGGAAGAGUUAAAGCAAAGAGUGUUGCUUCUCAAGGGGGCUCGCGAACAAUAUGCACUAGUGGAAGACCACGCUGUUCCUUCUGUCUUGCAUGAGGGAGAGAUCCUUGUCAAGGUCCUUGCAAUUGGCCUCAACCCUGUUGACUGGAAAGGACCGGCAUUCAACUUUGGUAUCCCCAGCCUGCCAUGGAUCAACGGACGAGAUUUGGCUGGUCGUGUAUUACAAGUUCCCAAGGGAUCAUCACGCCUCCGCGUAGGCGACAUUGUGCUGGUGCCAUCAACAGAUUACCGUGACAUCAGGAAAGCAGCGUUCCAAGAAUACGCCAUUGCGACCGACUUUAAUGCUGCCCGAAUUCCUCCUUCAACAUCCAUCCACGCUUCAGCUUCUGUCGGAGUCGCAUUCGUCGCUGCGGUUCUCGCCCUGGGCGUGUCAUUCGGACUCGACUUUUCCCUUAUAAAACAAGUUCCCGGUCCUAACCUGCCCAAUAUUAUCAAUAAACUCGACCGAAAUGACAUACCCGCCGAUAUACACCAAGAAUGCUUUGCAUCAUUAAUGGACUCAGAAAGGCCGCAACGUGGAGAUUGGGUUGCUUUCUGGGGAGCCUCAACUACUACUGGCCUGGUUGCUCUUCAACUAGCCAAGCUCGCCGGGUUACGCGUGAUAUGCAUAGCCGAUGCCGCGCGACAUGGUGCCAAGCUCGUACAGUCCGGCGCAGACCUGCUUGUCGAUCGUCAUGACCCCGAUCGUGCAGUCGAGAUUAUCCGUGGCGUUACUGGCGGCAAGCUGCGAUAUGCAAUCGAUAUAGUCGGAAGAGAAACAGCAACACAACUUGAAAAGACCCUAAACCCCGAUGGUCAUGCCCACCUUCUCGGAUUGUCCGGUUUGCCCAAAGAGCAAGCCCCGGGCAUUCACUACCACACCGUUCCCAUUAAGCUUUUCCAUACCGCUCCCGCAGUAGGCGAAGCUAUGGUUUGCUGGUUGGAGGAUCUUAUGCAAUCGGCAAAUUUCACAUUGCCUGAGAUCGUUCACGCGGAGGGAGGCCUGGAAGGUAUCAAUGCGGCUCUUGAGACGUUACGGAGUGGUUCAGUCUCUGGAAAGCGGAUUGUGGUCGAUCUGGGCUCUUCGCUCGUAUAG